UGGAGGACGCGGUUAGGCAGUGUGCUAGUUUGUUUUUUCCCUCAAGUAUAAAAAUGCAACCUGUGUCGAUAGUACGAGUCGUGUUUUAUGGGAGCCACACAAACAGCCUCAGAACAAGAGAAACGAUCAGACCAUCACUCAGUUAGAGGAUCAGUUAGCAGUGUACCUGCACAAGGAACCAACUGUUCAACAGAAAACCGACCAGCAGGCUAACCCUUCGAUUGUUGGCUCUAUAUAAGAGUAGGGUUGAGUCCCAGACCCAGGGCUGUGUUUCCGUGGGAUGGUUCUUGCUGUUGAGAGCUUUGUCAGCAUGGACAGAAAAUCCAGCACAGCCUCCCCUCGCCGCUCACCGAGGGAAGGAAGAGAGCUCAAGAGGGACAAGUCACAUGCCUCCGGAGGGCGACAUCACAAAACCAGCAAGGCAGAGAAGCUACCACAGAAAGUGCGGAAGAAUGGGGAGCCAAAUGAAGAGCCAGAGGCUUCAGCCAAGACAGAGGAACUGCAGGAGGGUUCAGACAAACCUCACUCCACUGUUGUCAACGUGGACAGUGUGAGGGACACCAAAGGACAAGAGGAGACCGAGGAGUCCCUGGGACUCCUGGAGAGGGAGUGGCAAGAGGAAGGUGUGAAGAGCAGGAGACCUGGCGUGUGUGAGUGGCUUCUCACAGGUUUGGCCAUUCUUGUCGUUAUACUCUCCUUUCCCCUCUCCAUCUGGCUGUGCUUGAAGAUAGUGAAGGAGCAUGAGAGAGCAGUGAUCCUUAGACUGGGGCAUCUUCUGCCAGGGAAGCCCAGAGGACCAGGACUCCUCUUCUACCUCCCCUUACUGGAUGUUUGCCAGAACGUGGACAUCCGACUGAAAAUGCUCAAGGUCCCCUCUCACACGGUGGUGACGAAGGACCUGGUGAGCACGGAGCUGAGUGCGGUGUGUUACUACCGCAUCGAGAACGUGUCUCUGUGCUUCACCUCCCUGUCGGGGGUCUCCGCCGUGCUGCAGGGGCUGGUCCAGGCCUCCGACAGGGAGGUCCUCGCCCGCCACACCUUCACCCAGAUCCUGCUGGAAAGGAAGAAAAUCGCCCAAGAGAUCCAGGUGGCGCUAGAUGCUGUGACCUGCCAGUGGGGAAUCAAGGUAGAGAGAGCAGAAAUAGAGGACCUGUGCGUCCCGGCUGAGCUCCAGCACAGCGUCGCCGCCGAGGCGCAGGCCAAGAGGCUCGCCCAGAUCAAAGUGAUUGCUGCAGAAGGGGAAAAGGCUGCUUGUGAGGCUCUGAAAGCCUCCAUGGACUCUCUGUCUGGCUCCCCGGCUGCAGUUCAGCUGCGCAUCCUGCAGCUGAUGCACACUCUGCGCACGGAGCAUCCAGCGCUUGUCCUCACUCUGCCCUCCGACCUCCUGACCCUGCCUGCCGACCUCUCUGCCCCCCCCAGCCCAGCCAAUCAUAGCCUCCCGGCAGACUCAAUCACAAAUGAUUCCCACAGAGACUCGCCCAUGAUGUAGACAGUAACCCUGUUACUCUCAUAUUAAGCUCUCCAGACUAUGAAGGGGAAAUGAGAAAAUAACUACUAAAAGCAAAGAUGUCCACUCCUUGUCCUGGAAAUCAAGAGCUCUGAAGAUUUAAGAAAUGGCAUUAAAAGCCUCCUGGUGAUAGACACUGUAAAUUACAGGUGAUUCAGGUUUGAUGACUCUGGUUAAGUUGUUAACAGCCAAUCUGGAAUGAAGGCCUGAUGAUUUUCAAUGAGCGCCACUUGAGUAAAAAUUUAAAUUUAAAUCUUAUCAGCUCAAAAAUAAAUUCAGACAGGAGAACAUCACACUGGAACAACCUACAAACAAUCUGAGACAAAAACUAA